AUGUGGGAUCCCGAAGGCCUGGGCAAUUCAAGACAGCAGUUGCAAUGCGAAUCGACGAACAAUAUCCCAUGGCGGCCCGUCCAUCAUCGCAAUCAAUACCAGGAAAAGAACGAGAAGGUCAGCUUGUUUCUCGUGUGCAUACAAUUCUACCUGAUAUUGCUGCAUCUGCAAGUCAUCCAUUUCUAG